AUGGCAUACCAGUUCUUCGCAAAGGCGCAUCAGUCGAAAGCGCCGACCUCUCCGCCACUCUCCCCUCCACCCUCCUCUUCCUCCAACAACAGACACCCCAAACCUCCUAUACACCCUCCAUCGCUGGUUCUCCCUCAUCCAGCAACCUCUACCAGUAUCGCAGACAGGGUCAAACCGCCUACAGGCAAAGACUCAUCCUUCCAUCCCCCCGCAUACCCCCAUCCCAUCGCACCCAGUUACAAAACCCCGCACCAUCAUGUUACCAUCGAAUCCGUGAGCACCGCUCACAUACCCUCUCUAAUCCGGAUUACGGGCUUACUGCUCCCAAUACGCUACCCAAACUCCUUCUACACAGCGACCAUCACAGACCCCGUGAUCGCAUCGGUGUCACGCGUGGCCAUCUACCAUGAUCACCCGGGAGCCGCGGCGCCAGCCUCCACAUCAUACGCUCCCACAUCCGCGUCCCCGCUAGGAACAAGCACGGGGACAGACAAAGUGAUCGGAGGAAUCAGAUGUCGCCUAGAGCGGCUCCCUCCCACCACCGCAGAACUUCUCCAAACCCAGUCGAAGCCCCAUUCGCAGGAGCCGACAAAUCUCUACAUCCAAACCCUGCAUCUGCUUUCCCCGUAUCGGGGCUGCGGCAUUGCGGCGUCGCUUCUUAACUCAUUGCUCUUCUCCUCUGCCCCUUCGUCUUCGUCUUCUGGCUCGCGGUCUAAUUACCAAGUCUCGGAACUAGUGAAACACUACAAUGUGCGCACCGUCACGGCACAUGUGCAUGAAGCCAAUGAGGAAGGUCUGAAAUGGUACAUCGCGCGCGGCUUCCAGUUGGAGGAGGGCGUUGUCGAAAAUUACUAUCGGCGGUUGAAGCCAUCCGGGGCAAGAAUUGUCAAGCUCGUUCUGCAAUGGAAGGACGAUGACAGUGAUAAGGCUGCGGAAGUUGAUGUCCACUCUGCGUCUAACCAGUCAGGAGAAGAUAACAGGAAGAGUCCGGACGAGGAUGACGACUGGGAGAAGGUCGAAGCCGAAGACGGAGAAGACAAUGAAGAUCACGGUGUACAAACAUUCACAGGCUCUAAGAUUCUUGAGGUUGAUGAUGGUGUGAAUAGGAAACGGAAGGCCGACGAUGAGCCUCAGCGAGCGUGA